AGCCCUCUCCUUGCGCCUGCGCGCUGCGACCGCGUCGCCUCAGGUUGGUCAGUCGGUGCUCGUCCGUUGAGCGGGGCGGUCGCGUGGAGGAGAUCCUUCGUCGGCGCUGCGUGCGUUAUUAUUUUUAUUCCCGUCGUAGGCGAAGAUGGCUGAUCCGGCCGCCCAGUCCCCGUUUAUUUCUUCUUCUGCCGGAGGUGGCUCUUCCGAGUCGGGAGGACGAGACCUGAAGGGGGCAGGUUCCCCCCAAUCUUGCGCUGAUUCCUUUGUUUCUUCCUCUCAGCCUGUCUCUCUCUUUUCGACCUCACAAGCUGGAGUUUAUUUAACCCAUUCUGGAAAUCAGAGGGAAGCGAACAGCAAAUCUACCCUCUCCAAAGACCAGCAGGAAGCCUUGGAAGGACCAAAACAAGGAAGCAUCCCAGGGACCAAUGACGGUUCAAGAAUAGAGACCGUUUCUGUGGGAUCUCCUCGCCUAAUGGAAUUGCCCUUUUCUGCCGGAUCCAAAAUGCACAGCCGUGGCCCUGUCACGGAAGCGGCUUCUCCGCGGGAGAGUGAGUUCAAAGGAGCUGGUCCUCCAGAGGAUAAGACUGAUCUGAACGGAUGCAAGCCAGACGAAGAACGAGCUUCCAACGGCAAAUUUGCACUGUUGGCCAACUUGGAAGAUGAACUCGAGCAGGUUCCCGCUGGGAUGCUCCAUGCACAUUCCAACGCGUCUUCCAGGGAGACUGUUGAGCCACCCGUGGAAAAAGAUUCUCCCGAAUCUCCGUUUGAAGUCAUUGCUGACAAGCUGGAAUUUGAUAAGGAAUUCAAAGAUGUGGUGAGCUCCAAGGACAUUGGGAGCAACUGGGUGAUCCAUGGCGAAAGGGAACAGUUGACAGACAUUCCAGAAGACCGCAUUUGCGAGUUCCAGGCCAAGCCGCGUAGCUGUGGCCGGCUUCCUUCGGGACCAGGACUCUCUCGCCAGUCCUCGGGCACGACUGCGGCCCUGGAGGAAGUCUCCAAAUGUGUUCGUGAACUGCACACCUUCACCAAUGAGCUGCUUAACUGGGACUUGAUCCCCAAGGAUCUGGAAGGCAAGACAGAUGACGUUAUCAGCUCGGGCUUUAAGGCCUCGCCCACUGAAAAGAGCAGCGGUGUUCCAGAACCCAUGGUGAGCCCUAGCGGUAUGGAAACCAGCAAAGCUUCUGCUCCUCAUCAGCCUGUGACAAUCAGCCUCCACCAGAAAGGCAAGCCGUCUCUACAAGUAGUCAAGAAACAAGCCAUGGUUGGCCAAGGCGUAGCCAUGGUUGGCCAAGGCAUAGCCGUGGUGAAAAAUGCUCUUCCGGAAGCUGUCGCGAUGAAAGACGAAUCCUCUUGGCCAAAUCCAUGCUUGCCUGAAACAGCUGAUGCGGAUAGCUCUGGAGAAUCCGAUGACACGGUCAUAGAAGACGCUCCGGCGAACCUGGUAUUCCCGAAUAAGGCUGUGGUUGAGAAUUGCCAGGCCUUCUCCAAACUCACCAGCUCCUCUGAAGCAGAAAUUGUGUAUAUAGAUGAUGAUGAUGACGAGGCCUCUGAUGAGCUUCUGGAAGACCAGAUGGCUUCCCAGGCUUUAGAAAGCCGUUGGAGAUUCACCGAUGAGUUCAAAGCAACCCAGGCUGAGUCUUAUGCUGCUAGGCAGCAACCGUCGGCUGCAUCCCAGCCCUCCAGAGAACCUGGUCCAAGUGCACCGUCUAAAGCCAAGCAGGUGUUCGAUGCUGGGGAACUGGAGGUACCGAGGAAGACUCCCAAGGCCGAAGGUCUUUCGAGAAAGACCCCUUUGGACAGCGUCAAAGGGGUGGUGUGCCCAGACGGGCUAGGCCCGGAGAGUUUUAUGGACUUCAUGAAGGAGUGCUUAAAAUCCAAGGGGGCCGAAUCCCCUGAAGACACUGUGGAGAUGUUCUCAGAGAUGGAGCUGAAGGCCGCCCGUUCCCAAGGGGCAUCGCCCUACUUCCAGCAGCCACCCCAAGCAAAGCAAGAUUUUGAACAGGAGCACCUCACCAUCACAGCUCUCAAAGAGGCGGGGAGGAAAGCUGAGAUGGACAGACCCACGCUAUUCUCUCUCCCCAGAGGGAGGCAUCCUGGACAGUACUGUGAGAUCCUGCCUGAGGCUACGGCAUCUGCUCCAAAGUCUGCCUUGGAGAAGAGACCUCUCUGCCUUGAGCAGGCCGUCGACGUGAUGCUGGCUCCCGCCAGCGUCGGCCUUGGGAAAACCUCCCAGCCUCUUCCUCCCAAGCCGUCUGUACUACACACCUUUACAAAAUUACUGGCUGAAUUCUCAGUGCGAGAUCUGGUCUUCUGGAGGGAUGUCAAGAAGACAGGCGCCGUCUUCAGCACCACCCUGAUCUUGCUGCUGUCCCUGGCUGCCUUCAGCGUCAUCAGCGUCGUCUCGUACCUCAUCCUGGCCCUCCUGUCGGUCACCAUCUGCUUCCGGGUCUACAAAUCCGUCAUCCAAGCGGUGCAGAAAUCCGAAGAAGGCCAUCCCUUCAAAGCCUACCUUGACAUGGACAUCACCCUCUCCUCCGAGACUUUCCAUCACUACGUCAGCUCCGCCCUGGACCACGUCAACCACAUCCUGAAAGCCAUCCUGCGUCUCUUCCUGGUGGAAGACUUGGUGGAUUCGCUGAAGCUUGCGGUCGUCAUGUGGCUGAUGACCUACGUCGGGGCCAUUUUUAAUGGGAUCACCCUUCUCAUCCUAGGGGAAUUGUUGGUUUUCAGCAUGCCGGUCGUUUAUGAGAAGUAUAAGACUCAGAUCGACCAUUAUGUCGGGAUCAUCCGGGAUCAAGCCAACUCUGCUGUUACAAAGAUCCAAGCAAAGCUGCCCGGCACCGUGAAGAAAAAGGCCGAAUAACCUCCGCCAGCCACCAAGAGACCCAGCCAUUAAUUGAAAUCCACACCAACAACGAAAAUACUCCCCUUGUGUCAUGGCUAUAAUCACUGUUACUCGUAUCUAUGAAGGAACUUGCCAAGUUAGCUUGAUGUCUGCGUUCCAAGCUUACUGAUUGUGUUUUAUUAUUAUUAUAUUAUUAUUAUUAUUAUUAUUCGUCCCUUUUCCCUCCUCCCCAAAGCCGAAACACUGAGCUCAGAAUGCACUGGAAUAAUCAUGAACUGGUUAUCGCUGGUUUUUAAAAAACUUGAGAAGAAAGGACGGGGGGCCUUGAGAAAGAGCACAGUCCGACUGGGGAGGGGGGAAUCCUUGGAGCGAAACACUCCCCCACCCCCGGGCCCUCAAAAGCAAGGUUGUCAAGAGGAGUGUCCUCAGUUUCCCCAAAAGGUGAGAAACCCCCUGGGUCGAAAGGAUUUUUAACCCACCCAAGUAUUUUCUCCUUCCCGAGUAAAAUCUUUCGUUUUCCUUCCUUCUCUCCUAAACAACACCUGCCCGAAUUCCAUAUUUUUUUCCCUGUGUGAUCCUGAACUGAAAAAAAUAGGUAUCUGUAAUGAAUGGCUGUCCUUGGAGGGGGGGAAAUCCAGUCCCCCCCUCCCUCCCCUUCCUCACCCCAUGUUAGCCUCAAAAGAUGGCAAGGAACCUUAUGAGCCCUUAAUAUUUCCCCCCCCCUCCUCGCCCAGAGGGAUUCUCGCUUCGUUCGUUCGGAGGGAGAAAAGCACGGGCGAAAUUUAGAUGCAGGAAAGUGGGAAGAGCCAGAGUUGGAGAGCAAAGAGGCUAGUCCUCCUGGAGGUGGCUUUUUAAGCGGGGGGGAGGGGGAGAAAGAGAUGCAAACUUUUUAAUUCCCCGGAAUUUCUGUUGCUGCCUCCCCUUCCGGUGAAAGUGGAAACCGGGCUUAAAAGUGGGAGAAAUAAAAGAGGUUGAUCUGGGAUGGACCAGCUGCAUCUCUUGUUGAGGCUGAGUGAGUGAGGAGGGGUUUUUUUGGGGGGGGGGAGAGGAAGACCCCAGAAAGAAAUCAGCAGCUGAAUUGGGAGGAUCGCCUUCCCACCAGAGGCUGCCUCAGUUUCCUCCCCGCAAUCCACCUUUCGGGUCGCUGUGUAAAAUUGGGGAGGGGGCCGCAGGCUCGGGAAGGGAAGAGCCUCAGCACAUCAACCCAAAAUCUUAGGCUUGGGGAAAGAGUCUCCCAUCUGCCAUCCCAGCAGGGCAGCUAUGCCAUAAUUUCCCCCCCCCUCAAAGGGGCAAAGCUCCAUGGGGUAGAGGCCAGGUUGGUUCUUGGGGUGCCAUUCAGACCCUAGGAACCCCCUUCCCCAUUGUUGAGAGCUGCAUGCAUUCCCCACACGUUUUUAUGCCAUCCUCUGCUCCCACCGAGACAGUUCUAGCUUCUUUCACCUCUUCAAAAACCACCGGCCUUUUUUCUCUAUCUAUUCCCCCCCCCCCUCCAAAAAUACCCUUUUAAAAAGCCUUUUAUUGCACUGGAAGCCUUCCACUCUGUGUUUCGACAUCUGUCCUCUCACUGCUGUGCUUGACUAUCGUGAACUGGCUGCCUUGCGCCCGGCAGACUUUAUUUUUUUUUUCUCCCCCCCCCUUAAAAAAAAUGUACGUAGAUGGCAAAAAAACAAGAAUUACCAACAACG